AUGCUGCAGUUGGCUUUUCAACAGAUGGAAGCCGACAUCUUCGAUCACCUGUGGGACGAAGAGAUUAUGGAUGAGUGCUGUGGCAUGUGCGUGCGACAAACUUUGGCGAAGCAACAGCCGUUGCCAUCUUCUAUUGUCUGCAGCACACAACGCACGGCUCCCAUCAAACUCAACUCGAUUAUUUGUCCACUAGCCCCCCAUUGUGCACGGCUGCUGCUUGAUUUUGCAGGGGGCGUAUGCAUACCACUGCUGUGUCAUCUCAUCUGUAUGCCUUGCCUCGCCGUGCCGAAGGGUUUGCCGCGUUUUGAAGUGGGCGUUGCUCCUGCCAUCGCGACCGUAUUGGCGGUGUCUGCGUGA